AUGCCAAGCAGCAGCAGAGAAAUCACUGAAGCUGGGUUGACGAAGGCAUCCCAGCCCGCCACAGCAGAAACAUCAUCUGGUCCAUCGUCCUCUGCUGGUACAGCGAGUGUUGGGACUGUGCAGCCCACCACGUCGAGCGGGAGUGAUGGCUCUGGGUCUGCACUGCCCAGCUCAACAGCAGCCAGUGACUCCUCUUUGCAUGUGAGCUCCUCAGCUGUGCCAUCCAGCUUCACGCCAAGCAGCAGCAGUGAAAUCUCUGAAGGUAGGUUGACCAAGACAUCCCAGCCUGCCACGGCAGCAACAUCAUCUGGUCCACUGUCCUCUGCUGGUACAGCGGGUGUUGGGACUGUGCAGCCCACCAUGUCGAGUGGGACUGCUGGCUCUGGUUCUCCACUGCCCAGCUCGACAGCAGCCAGUGACUCCUCUUUGCCUGUGAGCUCCUCAGCUGUGCCAUCCAGCUUCACGCCAAGCAGCAGCAGUGAAAUCUCUGUAGGUAGGUUGACCAAGACAUCCCAGCCCGCCACGGCAGCAACUUCAUAUGGUACACCGUCCUCUGCUGGAACACCGAGUGUUGGGACUGUGCAUCCCACAACAUCGAGUGGGAGUGCUGGUUCUGGGUCUGCACUGCCCAGCUCGACAGCAGCCAGUGACUCCUCUUUGCCUGUGAGCUCCUCAGCUGUGCCAUCCAGCUUCACGCCAAGCAGCAGCAGAGAUAUCUCUGAAGCUAGGUUGACCAAGACAUCCCAGCCCGCCACGGCAGCAACAUCAUCUGGUCCACCGUCCUCUGCUGGUACAGUGGGUAUUGGGACUGUGAAGCCUACAACGUCGAGCGGGCGUGCUGGCUCUGGGUCUGCACUGCCCACCUCGACAGCAGCCAGUGACUCCUUGUUGCAUGUGAGCUCCUCAUCUGUGCCAUCCAGUUUCAUGCCAAGCAGCAGCAGUGAAAUCACUGAAGCUGGGUUGACCAAGACAUCCCAGCCCGCCACGGCAGCAACUUCAUCUGGUCCACUGUCCUCUGCUGGUACAGCGAGUGUUGGGACUGUGCAUCCCACCACGUCGAGUGGGAGUGCUGGCUCUGGGUCUGCACUGCCCAGCUCGACAGCAGCCAGUGACUCCUUGUUGCAUGUGAGCUCCUCAGCUGUGCCAUCCAGCUUCACACCAAGCAGCAGCCGUGAAAUCACUGAAGCGGGGUGGACCGAAACAUCCCAGUCCGCCACGGCAGCAACAUCAUCUGGUCCACUGUCCUCUGCUGGUACAGCGAGUGUUGGGACUGUGCAUCCCACCACGUCGAGUGGGAGUGCUGGCUCUGGCAGCAGCAAAGAUAUCUCUGAAGCUGGGUUGACCAAGACAUCCCAGCCCGCCAUGGCAGCAACAUCAUCUGGUCCACCGUCCUCUGCUGGUACAGUGGGUAUUGGGACUGUGAAGCCUACAACGUCGAGCGGGAGUGCUGGCUCCGGUACUCCACUGCCCAGCUCGACAGCAGCCAGUGACUCCUUGCAUGUGAGCUCCUCAGCUGUGCCAUCCAGCUUCAUGCCAAGCAGCAGCAGUGAAAUCACUGAAGCUGGGUUGACCAAGACAUCCCAGCCCGCCACGGCAGCAACAUCAUCUGGUCCAUCGUCCUCUGCUGGUACAGCAAGUGUUGGGACUUUGCAGCCCACCACGUCGAGUGGGAGUGCUGGCUCUGGGUCUGCACUGCCCACCUCAACAGCAGCCAGUGACUCCUCUUUGCCUGUGAGCUCCUCAGCUGUGCCGUCCAGCUUCACGCCAAGCAGCAGCAGUGAAAUCUCUGAAGGUAGGUUGACCAAGACAUCCCAGCCCGCCACGGCAGCAACAUCAUCUGGUCCAUCGUCCUCUGCUGGUACAGUGGGUAUUGGGACUGUGAAGCCUACAACGUCGAGCGGGAGUGCUGGCUCUGGGUCUGCACUGCCCACCUCGACAGCAGCCAGUGACUCCUUUUUGCAUGUGAGCUCCUCAGCUGUGCCAUCCAGCUUCACGCCAAGCAGCAGCAGUGAAAUCUCUGAAGCUAGGUUGACCACGACAUCCCUGCUCUCCACAGCAUCAACUUCAUCUGGUCCACUGUCCUCUGCUGCUGGGUUGACAAAGGCAUCUCAGCCCGCCACGGCAGCAACAUCAUCUGGUCCACCGUCCUCUGCUGCAGCCAGUGACUCCUCUUUGCCUGUGAGCUCCUCAGCUGUGCCAUCCAGCUUCACGCCAAGCAGCAGCAGUGAAAUCUCUGAAGGUAGGUUGACCAAGACAUCCCAGCCCGCCACGGCAGCAACAUCAUCUGGUCCAUCGUCCUCUGCUGGUACAGUGGGUAUUGGGACUGUGAAGCCUACAACGUCGAGCGGGAGUGCUGGCUCUGGGUCUGCACUGCCCACCUCGACAGCAGCCAGUGACUCCUUUUUGCAUGUGAGCUCCUCAGCUGUGCCAUCCAGCUUCACGCCAAGCAGCAGCAGUGAAAUCACUGAAGCUGGGUUGACCAAGACAUCCCAGCCCGCCACGGCAGCAACAUCAUCUGGUCCACUGUCCUCUGCUGGUACAGCGAGUGUUGGGACUGUGCAUCCCACCACGUCGAGUGGGAGUGCUGGCUCUGGGUCUGCACUGCCCAGCUCGACAGGAGCCAGUGACUCCUUUUUGCCUGUGAGCUCCUCAGCUGUGCCAUCCAGCUUCACGCCAAGCAGCAGCAGUGAAAUCUCUGAAGGUAGGUUGACCAAGACAUCCCAGCCCGCCACGGCAGCAACAUCAUCUGGUCCACCAUCCUCUGCUGGUACAGUUGACCAAGACAUCCCAGCCCGCCAUGGCAGCAACAUCAUCUGGUCCACCGUCCUCUGCUGGUACAGUGGGAAUUGGGACUGUGAAGCCUACAACGUCGAGUGGGAGUGCUGGCUCUGGUUCUCCACUGCCCAGCUCGACAGCAGCCAGUGA